CCUGUCCUAUUUACAUUUCUGCCUGUCCUUUUUACAUUUCUGUAUGCAUUUCUGCCUCAUUAUGCAAAUGAGGAAGGGGCGGGUCUUAAGGGGUAAACUUCUGCCCAUUGGUUGGUUAGCAUUUUACUGCAUCCUUCGAAUCUACAUUUCACCGGCCUCAGUCACAACAAAGAUGGCUACCUACGACGAAGUUGUCAGUGAGCUGAGACAUUUAGCAACUGUUUUGGAAAACAAUGCUAACGUUAUAAGUAUUGACUUUAUUAUUUUUCGUUUGGACGCUCUGAAAGAACGUGUGUUUCAGUUAGCGGCACACAUGGACACAGAUGUCGACAAUGUAGUUUUUCAGAAUCUGGAGGAAGCGGCCCAUCUUCUUAACUCGGUCGCUAACGUUAAUCACACACCUGGAAUAGCUGGUCGCCCUGCUUAUAUAUUGCCUGUGGACGCCCUGGAAGGACUUUUACAUGCGGGAUUGCCUGUUGGUGCCAUUGCAAGGCUUUUUGGAGUCAGCGAAACAACAGUUUAUCGUCGGAUGGCAGAGAAUGACAUAAGGGUGUCAGACCUGCUGUUCAGCAACAUUGACGAUGAGGAGUUGGAUGCAAUGGUACGGGAGAUCCUCAGAUGUCAUCCUAAUACAGGAUAUAAAAUGAUGCUGGGCCAUCUGAAUGCUCAAGGAAUCCAAAUUCAAAGAAGUCGAGUGCAAGAAUCAAUGAGGCGUGUUGAUCAGGAGGGGGUUUCUAUGCGCACUGUCCAACUCCACACAGCAAGACGCAGAAGAUAUUCUGUUCCAGCCCCUAACAGUUUGUGGCAUAUCGAUGGCAACCAUAAACUUAUAAGAUGGCGAUUUGUGGUUCAUGGAGGCAUUGACGGCUUCAGCCGUCUUAUUGUGUACUUGAAAGCCGCCACCAAUAACCGUGCGUCAACGGUCUGCAAAUGCUUUCUCGAAGCAGUCGGUCUAUAUGGAGUGCCAUCACGUGUUCGCUCUGAUAAAGGAGGAGAGAAUGUCCAAGUGGCCCACUUCAUGGUGUCCACCAGAGGUCCAAACAGGAAUUCUCAUCUCACAGGAAGAAGCACACACAACCAGAGGAUAGAGAGAUUGUGGAGAGAUGUCUUUGGAGCAGUCUUGGAUCUGUUCUACACAACAUUCUGCAAUCUAGAGGCAGAAGGUCUACUCAACCCGGACAAUGAGAUCCAGCUGUAUGCACUGCACUGGGCCUUUCUUCCACAACUUGACAGACAUCUGCAGCUGUUCAAAGAUGGCUGGAAACACCAUCGACUGCGCACAGAGAGGAAUCAGUCACCACACCUACUAUGGUCUCAAAACCAGCGUGAGGGUGAAGAUCCCUACCAGGUUGACAUGGACUAUGGCAUUGACUGGGAGAGUCCACAUGGUCACCACCCUGAAGGAGUGCCAGUGCCCGAUGUUCAGGUUCCACGGCCCUUGACUGAAGUGGAAUUGCAAAGACUGCCAGAUCCUCAAGGACCUUUUUGCAAUGUUCUGAAUGUUUACAGUGAAGCAAUUAGCACACUGACCGACAUAUUUGGAGAGGUUUAAAAAUGUAAUUUUUAACUUUUAUGUUCAGACAUUUCAGUUAAAGUUAAUUGCGGAUAGUUAACAUUUGGUGAAACUAACCAUAAACCAUAGCUGAAUAGAAGGGUCUUUAAAGUUUAAGGCAGUUCUCAUAUUUGCUUAAAUUAUGUUGCUUACAUUUGAAAUUAUCUCACUAAUUUGUUGAUGACUAAGUGUGUUGAAUUUCAUAAAAAGAACUUAAGUCAGUAA